GUCUCUUUACUCCUUCAGUAGUAUGCUCAUCUCUAUCUCCCUCCCCCCCAAUCUCUCUGCAAACAAAUUAAAUCCUCCAUCUCCUCAAACCAGAAGCAUGGCAGUACAACAAUCAAAGAAUAAUAAUAAUAAGAAGAAGAAGUUCAGAGGUGUCAGGCAGCGUCAGUGGGGCUCCUGGGUCUCCGAAAUCCGCCACCCUUUACUCAGGAAGCGGAGGGUGUGGCUGGGGACGUUCGAGACGGCGGAGGCGGCGGCGAGGGCGUACGACCAGGCCGCCGUCCUGAUGAGCGGACACAAUGCCAAGACCAAUUUUCCCGCCACCGCCACGUCGGCGAGCAGCAGCAAGACGCUGGGGGAGGUUCUGAACGCGAAGCUGCGGAAGUGCUGCGGCAAGGGCCCGUCCCCCAGCUCGCUCACGUGCCUCAGGCUGGACUCCGAAGACAGCGCCCACAUUGGGGUCUGGCAGAAGCGGGCCGGGGCCCGGCCCACAUCCAGCUGGGUCAUGCGCGUCCGUUUGGGCUCCGGUCCCACUCCUGCUGUCGUUGGGCCUGCUGCGGACAAUGCUGCUCCGGAAGAAGGAAAUGAGGAUGGGCCUGCUGCUUCUUCGUCGACGUCUACGACGGCGGAUGAGGGUGAGGGGAUGUCGCCGCCGGCCAUCGGGGGAGAGAAGGAAGCGGAGGAGAACAGAGUGGCUAUGCAAAUGAUAGAGGAGCUCCUUAACUGGAACUGAUUAUGGUGUGUCGUACUUUCGCUUU